UCCCUCGUAGCGGCCAGACCCGCGUCGACGUCCAGGCUCUCAGCACCUCUCAGUGGGCCGCUCUCUCUUCCUCACUCGCACACACACACACGUUCGUUUUGGAAGAUGCAGUGGGCUGGCGUGGCUGUGCUGUGGGCGGCCGCUGUGACGUGGGCGAUUCCAGCGCCGGGCAGCUACUUCACAGACGAGGCGGCUGGGAGACUACUUCACUACGACGUGCAUUCCGGAGACUGCGUGCUCUUCGGGGACAGGCGCAUCGUCGACGAGAUCAUGCGGGAGUUGGCAGCGAGCGAGAGCCCCGUCGCCGUGGUGGAGGCGGCUGAACUGACGGCCCUCAUCUCCGCCUGCUACGCCAGCGCCGCCCACGACAAGAGGGACCGCCCGCCGCCCGCUGAUAACUUCCCUCAUAUCAUUUAUCCAGGAACCAAGUGGUGCGGCACCGGCAACGUGGCAGAAGGGCUGGACGACCUCGGCACGCUGAAGGAGGUGGACGCCUGCUGCCGCGACCACGACCUCUGCCCCGACGACCUCGAGCCGGGACAGAAGCGGCACAACAUCACCAACGAAUCCCCGUUUACCAUGAGUCACUGUGAUUGCAACGACAACUUCCGCAAAUGCCUCCACGACGUCGGCAGCGGGGAAGCGAACGAGGUCGGGUCCGCCUACUUCUCGACGGGCCUCUUCCAGUGCUACCGUCUCGCGAAGCCGACGGCGGGGUGCAAGCAGUGGGCCGGAUUGCUAACCCAAGCUUGUCAGGAAUAUAACUUCAACGAGGACGGAGAACCACGCUGGCAGGUGUUCGACAUGAAAUCUUUUUAAUUAACAGGCAAAAUCCACCACGCAGGUGAUCCCGACCGACACUUUGGAUCUGAGAACAUUACACUGUGGUACACUACGUAAGAUUCCCCGUCAAAGAAAAUGGAAGGCGUUACGGUUUUACAGAAAAUGGAAUUUAGUAGGAAGAAAGUGUG